CUCUUUGAAGCCCAUCCUCUGACCCCUUACUGGAGCUUCCUCUGACCUCUUGUUGGAGAACAGCUCGUCAGUCACAGGCAGAAGUCAGGACAAACAAAGGACUGUUUGUACAGCAUCUCCCAUCAGCCCUCCCUCUCUCUUCUCAUCCCCGCUAGCUCAGGCUCUCUCUGGGUACAUCUAAAAAGAUACAGCUGCCAAGAAAGUGAAAGGGAGUGAAGCAGAAGAAAAAGCACCCUGCUGUGGGAAGCUGCAAAAAUGAAGAUGUUCUCGGCGCUGCUUCUGCUGAGCACCCUCCUGGGUACCCUCGCGGUGCCUUCCCACCGCCAUUCUUGUUACAAGAGGGCCCUCAAAGACCACAACUGUCACAACAUCCCUGAAGGCACGGAGAACCUUCGACAAAUUCAUGAUGGUCUGCAAGAUCACUUUUGGGAAGGGAAGGGCUGUGAGGUGAUCUGUUACUGCAACUUGAAUGAAUUGCUCUGCUGCCCAAAGGAUAUUUUCUUUGGACCAAAGAUAUCUUUUGUGAUCCCCUGCAACAGCCAGUGAUUCAAGUCUGCAGGUGAAGAUAACAGACAUCAUUCUACAAUUGUGUAAUAAUGCUUUCAAGGGGAAAAACAAAACCACCACCAUCUAACCCCAAAAUGGUGCCUCAUCUUACACCAUAGAAAAUUUUUCUUUCUACACCUUUAUGGAAUAUCAAGCACGUAAGAAGUUCUUUCAAAUUUGGUAGCUGACCUAAUUUCCAACGGUUUAAGAGUCUGUGCAAGCUCUUAAGGCAUACUAAUACGCAUAUCCCAGCAAAAAGUAUAACUCUUCUUUCUCAGCACAAUAUUCUCAACUAGUCUGGAUGAAGAAACUUCAAGCCUAAGCCUUCAUGUCAUUAGGAACACGACUCUCACAGCAACCUAUGGCAGUGCAUCUUCCUACUGCAUUCAAUGCUUUUUUAAGCCGAAGCUAUUCAGUCCCUGGUACUUUUCCAGACAGGCUCCCACAUUCUAAUUUAGGCAUCUUAAAAUACACGCACACACAAAAGGCAUGUAUUUCCAUAUUUGAAAAUAUUCCACUGGAAUAAAACAAAAGUCAAAGCUGACAUUAAUGGUAUUAAAGCACACUUAGGUGUUAAUUAUGUGUAACUGGUCACCUGCCUUAACCAUACAAUCCGUAAAACCUUAAAUUACUUAACACUGAACACUGAAAAUACUAGAACAGUAUUUUUUUUAAAUAAGCCUUAUUUGAAAUACGGUACCCCAGAAUUAAGUUAAAAUGCUGGCUUUUUAUUUUUAGGUUAGCCUUGUAAGGAAAUAGCUACAGAGGAGAAGACAUAGAGGUAAUCAUUUUAACAUUUAAGAGGUAGCUAGGCAAUAGACAGAAAGAGGCAUAAAUUUUUGGCUGUUUUUUGCUUAUACUGCAAUCUAUAUUGGAAGGCGUGGAGCAGUGACUGUGUAAGUUUAAGGAAAGCCACCUGAACAAGCCACACUUACAGGCAGCAAACCUGGCUUGUUGCCUUACACAGAAAGACUCCUUAGGUAUUAAGUAAGUCAGUCAUGUGGAAGGUAUGCAGUACUGAAGUAACUAUUCAGUCAUCUCCACUCAAAAAGUGCACUAUUCACUUGAUAGUCUUACACAUUAGACCAAACUGCUACGACCAGUUUACCAGGCUACUUCACGUGCUGGUAUGAAGUAUCAGGGUGACUGUUUUUCUUCCUAUUAGCAAACAAGAGUUAGAUACUGAGGGGGGUGAUUAUACACUGCCAAUAAUAAAUGUUGCAAAUAAA